UUAAGGAUGGACCUGAACCAACUGGACUACGUUACUGUAUUAAUUCUGCAUCUCUGAAGUUUGCCACUAAGAAGGUCGAUUUAUCGUGGCCCGGUUGACGAGCAUCAGAAGAGUAGGAGACGCAGAAAGUAUGUUGGAGAUUGGCUGAAGAAAGCGCCCCACAAGGACCCAAUGAGGCUGAAGAACUUAUGCAAUAGCCAAGUAACUACAUCUUUGCUCAAUGCUUUAUAUCGGGAGGGAGAUGCUAUUUGCAAGGACUUCCAUACCAUGUGCGAGAUGAUCAAGACGACGUUGCCCCUCAAAGUCCGCUCAGAGGUCGUCCACGAGGUGAGUUCGUCUCAAGUGAUUGAGGACGAUUGCAUUUUCAUAAGACUGCUUCUCUUGCACCUCCUAACAGACGUCCAGCACUUGUCUCUCACGACAGGAUGCCAGUUUAAUCUAACUGAAGAACAGUGCAAGCAGUUGCUGGAAGAACUGGCAACAGUGCCUUGGUUCAGUUUAUUAAGCCUGCACAUUGAGGGGGUCACUUUCGUGAAGGGGGUCUUGUCAGAGAUCAUUGACCGCUCCCCCCGUCUUUCCUCCAUCCACGUCAGUGGAGAUGACGCAGCCUCCGAAGUCCUUGCUUACAUCACCAAAAAUCCCAGAGCUCUACAUUCGUUGCAUCUCGAUACUUGCAGUGUCAAUGACUUGGAUGUUGUCCAGGCUCUGAUUAGGAGCUAUAAUGAAGGUGACUCUUGCAAUGAUCUGGAUAUCUCGGCUAUCAAGGACUCCGAUAUUGAUAACGAUUUUCCACCGCUUUGUCAUCUAUCUGUUCAAUCUCCUUUAGUUACAGUCUGUGGCGCUGUGGUGCUCCUUCAUGCUCUGCGGAAUUUGAGAACAUUGCAGUACAGUUACUGGAAUUCUUCUAUAUGUAACCUUCUCCAGUACUUGCAAAUGCAAGUACCCAAAGCUCGACCAUUUGCCUUGACCUCCAUCUCCCUCUGGCGCGUGACAGAAAAAUCCCUCGACACUCUAAAAUUGUGUCCAAACCUGCAGCAUCUGAUGAUGGAAUGCACCGACCCUUCCCUGGCGUCCAUGGAUUCACUCAAGAAGCUUAAAAAGCUCAAUUCGCUAACAAUGAGACUGGUGCCGGAAGACCUCUUGGUCUCGGCCGUGAGAGCUGUUGGCAACAAACUGCUGUGCCUGGAAAUCGAGUACGAAGAGUACGCCAAGACACCCAUCAAAUGGAGUACGCUACGCGCUGUCCGGAGAUACUGCCCCGAUCUCAAGCGACUCGAACUGCACCACAUAAAUAUCAUAGCGGAAACCGGAGAUGCUCUCAUGCCCUUGUUCUCAGCUUCCUUGGUCGACCUCGUCCAUCUUAAUCUCUCCAAUGUUGUGCUGCAGCCUGUUCUCUUGAGCAGGCUUCUCUUCAAAAACACGUCGCUGGAAACGGUGAUGCUGGACGUCAAUCAGGAUGCCCUCACGGACUCGGUUCUCAUGUCGAUGGCCAAGACCAAUAACUUGAAUCAGCUGACGCAGCUCCACCUCGGCUCGGGACUUUUGUCGACGCGAGCCAUUACUUUCUUCAUGACCCUUCCUUCCAUGCUCAAAAUCUCCCUCCAACUCAACAAUUUCCCCCACAUUACCCCGCCAGUAUAUCAGAACCUUCGGAACCAGAUUGCUAAUGGCAAUUUCAAGUGCAGUCUGGAAAUAAUAGAUAAAGAUGAAUGACAUUAACUAACAUUUGAGGACCAUUAUUGAGUGAAGAUUAUUUUUUUAAAAGAAGAAAAUCCAGUGAUUAAUUAUUUAUUUCAUAACAAAACAUGUUGUGGACUUGUCAUAUUGUAACAACGUAAUACCCUAGUUGGAGAGGAACAGUCGUAACUCGUAAUAUCUCUGUUAUAUUUCCUGACUACAUGAUAAUCCCAGUCGACAGAGCCUAUGUAAGUAGAUAUUUUAAAUGACCGAGGUCGUUCAUUGGUGGAAAUGGACGAUUGAUAUUAAUUUGGGUGUGGGGAUACUGUAAACAAGCUGUGAGAACAUUCAUGGAAAUGUUAGACUCUGUUAUAAAGGAAAACUACAGUAUAUAUAAAAUCACACGCACACCCAUCGUCGGUAGAGAUCAAACGUAUGUAGUAUACACAAAAGUAUAUUCUUUUAUAUGACGUGUAUGUUUUUAUCGCCUUCGUGAACUAGGUUCCAUUUACUCGCUGAUAGACAUAGAUACAUCACUUCUAUAUGUGUAUCAGUGCAUACAUUGCUGUAAAUGUGCAAAUAAACACGCCUAUGUGUGCGGGAUUUUGCAUGCAGAAGUUAGAAGGACUGUUCUGUAAGACAUAUCCUUUGCUGGUGGUUCGUGAAAUGGGCACAGAUCAAGAAAAACUUGAUUUUUGCAUAUAUAUAUAUAUAUAUAUAUAUAUAUAUAUAUAUAUAUAUAUAUAUAUAUAUAUAUUUCAUUUCACCUACAGUUUUACGAAUAUGCAUUAGGCCUGUGAGUAUUAAUAUAUGCUGUAAUAUAAGUACAAUAUAUACUUAUAGGGGCAUAUACAUCCAUAAACAUUAACAUGCAAGAAAAGAUUGUCACUUGUUUAUUAACGAAAAACAACUCCACAAGUUACCAUUUAUAUGCAUAUGU